AGACGGCAAAAAGCAUUUUGGAUCGGGGCGUCAAAAGGCUUGUCCCACUGCCAAUUCAACCCGAUCUCGAGAAACCCGAACAACUAGCCACCGAGACGAAAUAAGAUGGGAACUUCAACCACACCUCGCUAGUUUGAUCGGUACCCUCUCAACGGGGGGAGAAUGUUACGCCAUGCGGCUUACCAUAGGUCAUAUUCUUAACUAUCGAUCGCGGCACUAUAAUGUCGCAGACGGACCGUCGCGUCUGCCCGGCAAACAAACAUUGUAGUGGCAAGCGCAUGGUUCAUUAAGCAGGGCGACUUCCAGAAACGUCGACUCGUGGUCGUUAUUUUACCUCGCGUAAAAGAAUGUGGCGUGAUCCGAACGUAGUGGGGGUCGCCUUCCAGAAAAAACGAAAAAAAUCGAAAGGCGUUCAGAACUUUUCGAGAAGUCGAACCGUCAACACAGGUGGCGCUUGGCCAUGGAUCGCUGCAUUAGGUUUUUGUAAUCCCCGAAACCCAGACAAACCACUAUGGAAGUGCGGAGGUUCCCUGAUAUCGGCUAGGCAUGUUUUGACCGCAGCACAUUGUGCACAUAUGGAUGGAAUAGAAAACAUACACAAUCAUAAUAUUGCCAUUCUUAGAUUGGUGGAGGAGGUGCCAUUUUCGAGGUACGUAUAUCCCAUUUGUACGAAAGAGCCCCUACGAAAGAGCAACUUCGUCGGCUAUAACCCCCUUGUUGCUGGAUGGGGAGCAUUAAGAUAUAGACGACCACGACGUAAUGCAUUAAUGGAAGUACAAAUACCAGUGAUUAAGAACGCCGAAUGCAAAAUAGCUUAUUCCAAAUUUCCUAAUGCACCUGAUAUCACUGAUGGUAUAAUAUGCGCCGAACAUGCUCAGGGUGGAGAGGAUUCUUGUACGGCUGACCGCGGCGGACCACUGCUGAUACAACAUGAAUUAACCUCGUAUUUAAUAGAGGCUGGAGUACAAAGAAGUGGCACAAUGAUGUGGGCUGAUGACAUUUAUAAUUAUCAAGGAAUCACCCCUACAUUCGCUCAGAAUUUUAAUGAAACUGUCCCUUGGGAAGGAAGAACUGAUACCUUGAUAUCACGGUUUGUACAUCCUAUAUAUACGACAAAUUUUAGAACAUUAUAUAACGAAGAACCAGAUCGUCGUGGCCAUGUGAUGUGAAUAAAAGGACUUGAAUUUGAUGAUAUUUUUAUAAUGUUAGAUAACAUAACUAAGUAUCUUCACAGUAAGAUAGGAUGACAUGGUUUACAUGAUCUUAAUGUUGUUCACUUGAGUGAUGAUAUUAUAAGGAAAAGUGUAAUAUCACAGGAUAUUUAUGUUUAGCAACCAGUAAUUCAGAGAUUGGUAUUCAUGGUUACUAUAACGAGGCUGUAGAAACGCACCCUUUCUUCUUUGCAAAUGGUCCUGUAUUUAUGUCUAAGCCGAAACUGGAACCUCUGAAUAAUUUAGAUUUAUUCUUGUUAUUUUCUAAAAUACUUAUCUACAGUAUACCAUAAGGAAUGAUACCGUAUCGCACCUAAUCAAGUGCCUUAAGAAACAUCAACAGGAUAUCACAGUAAUCCCUUAUCGACAGAUAUUUGUAGCCACUACAAUAUCUAUGACACUGGUAGUAAUUAUAAGAACAAUAAUGAUGUUCUAUAAGAGGAAAUGAUGAUUAGGAACAAAAACUUACAGAAGAUAUCAUGCGGUGGAUGGAUAAUAUGCAAAAAAUAUUAAGCAGUAUAUGAAUUUUCAUAUUGCGUAGAGAUAACAAAAUGAAUUUUAAAAAAUGUCGACACGGUAAUAAGAAAUAGCAUCAUGACAAAGAAUAUAUAAAGACAGUUUCAUUUUUUAUAAAUAAAAAUUUGUUGUUCCAGAUUUUGAAAUACAGUGAAACGUUUAAUUAGUAUCUUAAUAUCUUUAAAUAAUUAUUAUUUUAGAAUCAAUUGUAAUUGUAUCAUACGUACUUUUGAAUUCGUGCAAGAACAUAUGUAAUUUUGAAGUAGUUAUUAUUAGGAAACUGUUAGACGCGAACAGUAUGCGAAAAGUUAGUAUGCAGUGUAAUAAUUAUCAAUCAAAACACAAGAAUUAAAUUCUUGAGGAAAAAAUUUCCGGAAUUUCUUAUUUACAUGAUUAUAGAGAAAUCCAUAAUAAAAAGGAGCUGCUUUCUAAUACUUCGCUUCCUUGUAAUGCCUACGUUAACAAUAACGAGGUUCGACUUUUUGUUUUUAGAGGGAUACUGGAAAAUUUGAAAGUACAGUACCAUUGGGAAGAAAAUCACGAUAUUGAAAACGAUAUUUGCAAGUAAAUUUCCAAAAAAUCUGUUUUCAAAUUUUCGCUUUCUAUUUCACAUUAAAAGAAAGGGAGGGCUGCCUUCUUUUUCUGCAAGACAAAACAAACAUUCUGAAUCUCGUAUCAAUGAAUGAUGUCAAUAAGUUAUUUUUCUUUUCAGAUUGAACAAUAUUCCAGAUUUAUUCAUAAUUUCAUACUACGCGAAGAAUAGACUUUCAUAGGUAUAUAAAGGAAAUAUUAAGUAUAGGAAAACUCUUUUUCGUUGUAGGUGACAUAUGCUUCACGGUUGAACACAUGUAUUUUUGAACACAUAUAAAUGAAAAAGUACUCUUAUGGAGAAAAAGAAUUGAUACCUUCGAUUGACAUUAGAUAAUGUAUAUAAACUUAUGAACAAUCACUAUCAGUUUGUAUUUUAGGUGCACACGCAGAUUUGUUGGAGUUCUUAUAAAAUGUACUUCCUGUACGAACGUUUUAUUCUUCCAAAUUUUACGAUACUAUGUCUCAUAUAAUAACUAUAUGGAUUAAACGUAAUAUAAAUGAUCCGAAAAUAGACUCGAACGACAUUAAUUGUCUUUCUAUUUAUACCAAUAUCGAAAAUACAAGUAAAGCUGGAGCAAUAGUAUGCAAGAA